UAGAGUCGAUGGUUGCUUCCAGGAAUCCUUAAGUGUGAAGUAAGUGCAAGAGUACCUCCCUGUUGUAUAAGUACAGUUGGGAUAGUGUAGAGGAGAAUACCUGCAAUAAAUGCUACUACUCCACUUAAUCAGCAUGCAUGGUAUUUUUUGGACUGUGCAUUUUAAAAUGCUUUAGGAGUUGGGAUGCUCAUUUAUCUUUUGCUCAUGAACAUCAUGAGUAUGGCACAAAUAACUAUGUCUUAACAGAAAUCCUGUGAGUCCUUGAAGUGACUUCUAUAUGAUGCAGUUUCAACAAAGAAAUACAUGGAAUCUCUGCAUAGAGCACGUAUGUUUUUCCAGCAGUAAUGGGCAAUAUGGUGAGUGAAAGGGCGCCUGGGGAGCUGCUCAGGGCUAUGGGAAUACUUAUUCCACCCCUGCGUCCAAAAAGCAUUCAGGAUGUGAAGUGUACAGGACCAAGGCUCAGGUGCUAGUGGUGUCUGGUAGGGGAAAGCAUCCAUUGUUCUGCACUAGGCUCUGCCAAUCUAGUUUUUAGUGAGCUUUUUAGUUGUCUACCUGAAGCCUGGCCAUGCUCCUGGUAUUGAACCAAAUAAGAAUUCCCCAGCCCAGUGCCCCUGGAUGAGAGGAGACCAUGUGGUUGGUCUGACAGAUGACCCUUGUGGAGGGGAACCUGCCCUGCCCUGUGUAGCUGGUGCUUGCUACCAUAGCUCCUGUAGGCUUCUGUGUGCAAAGCACCUGAAAUAAUUGUCAGCAGGUUGCCCUGGAGACCUCCUCCUUUCUCCUCACCCAUGCCAUCUGCUUUAGUUAAACACAUCACCCAGCCCCUACUGCUUCUCAGGAGAAAUUGGCAGUGUUGCAACCUUGAAGAGCCUUGUCUUGUCCCACUACCUGACAGGUCAUCUUCUCAAAAUCACUGGAAGCUGAAGAUGGAUAUUAAGCAUGUGAAGGACUACAUCUACUGGCUGUACUACCAGUACCUGUUGAUAACCUGCAGCUAUGUGCUGGAGCCCUGGGAGCGGUCCAUGUUUCACACAAUCACCGUGACUGUUUUUGCUAUGGUGGUGUACACAGCUUAUGUCUUCGUGCCUAUCCACGUCCGCUUGGCUUUUGAGUUCUUCUCCCAGCUAUUUGGAGGCCAACCUGAAAGCACAGUUUCCAUCAUGAACUGAACUUGCCUGAGUAGUGAUUAGCAGCUCUUGCAACUUGUGAAAUGCAGUGUUUUCUUCAAUUUUGUGUAUUCUGAAGCAGUCUUGCAGUGAUGAAAAUAUUUUCUCUUAUAAAACAUGGCUUGCUUGCUUCAUAUAGCUGAAAAUCAGAAUACUGCACUACUGGCUGCACAGUCCAUAUUAAAAGAAACACAGGCCAGCUUUUCCUAUGUGAUAAUUAAACACAUUACCUGGAAUGCCAUGUUUACUUAAUAUUCAACCAGCUCCCACUUUCAGCACCCUGAUUUGAACACACUGGCAUGUAUGAAACA